UAGGAGGCGACCGUGAGUGCCAACAUGUUGUCGUAAUGAAUCUUAAUUGGUCGAGUUGGAAAUAAUUGCAUAAUGAGUUGACUUCAACUUACCGAGUCAUUUGAACGGAUCGAGUGAGUGAACUAGUGAAAAUAGAGGUUUGGUCGAUGACAACUAAUGUAAAAAAUAAACUUGGCAUCCACCGGACGUUAAUGAACAGUUUAUGCAUAUUUUUGCUACCGUUUCAACAGUACUAUAGUUAAUUGAUGCGUUUUACGAGUAUGUACCGCCAACUGAUUGUACUGAGCUGUUUAGUGGCAGUCUCUUCAGGUUGGAGUACCGGUUCUCUAGAGACGGAAGAUGAAUAUAGAUCUACGCAACCGUCACCGCACAGCGGUUCUGAUAUCUUCACGUGUUGCUCAGAUGUUUAUGGCUCAUGUAAAGCAGCGUGCGAAAACCUACCUCUAGUAAAACUGGCUUCGGAAGCCGGCAGCAAAGACUGGAAAUUGACCGACAUUCGGCGUAGCUGCCAGUCAGCAGAGCCACCAUUUUGGGACUGCCUAAACAGCACCCUGGCGCAGGUGCAACGUGGUAUCAGCUGGCCUGGUCGAUUCUGCUGCUCCCUGGGGAUGACACAAAAGUGCCAGAAUGCGUGUGCGAUUGCAUCGAAGCAGGAGGAACUGCUCUCUGGAUGCCGGCAUAGCGACGAACAGACCAUGUUUAGCUGCAUCCAACGCCAGGAAGACGGCGACAGUUGUUGCGGGCAGGCUCGUACCUCGGAGUGUUUGAUAGCAUGCAAGGAUGUGUUCAAAAACCAACGAACGCCAACCAGGCAGCAGCGGCUGCUGGUGCAGAGCACCUGUAGCAACAACAACAGCAACAUCCUGCAGUGCAUCAAAUCCUACGUCGAAGUCACAGUGAACUCUAACCUCAAGCGAUAUCUUCCAUGUUGUGAUCAAACGACUGAUUACGGAUGUAAAAAAGCUUGCAGAGAAACGCUCAUGGACGGUACUAACACCGAGGAGGAAACCGUCGACAUUCUGCAAAACUCUGGCUGUGGAGUUCCUUUACCACACGACCCCCUGUGGAAAUGCUUCUUUUCAUUCGAGCAGAAAAAAUCUGCUCCCGUGAAUUCGGAAGAAAUUUCUCGGAUCAACCAAGUAGGAAUGGAUUCGGCUAAGCUACAUUGCUGCUUGAAGGCUAACUCCUCCAGAUGUCGAAAGUUCUGUAUUGCGACGUAUUCCAACGAGUGGACUACUAAUUUGGCGGAGUUCGAGCAUAGCUGCUUGAUGUCGGUGGAAGAGCAUAGUCUAAAGCAGUGUGUUGAAGAAGUUGACGAACCGUGCGAGCUUGGUUGUGACGGUUUGUCGUAUUGUAGUAAUUUUAACAACCGACCAACGGAGUUGUUUCGAAGCUGUAGAUCUCAAUCGGAUAAUGCAGCUCGGAACGAUGUAGAACAGUGGCGUGAAGAGCUGUACAUAAACCUGCUAGGAGUGAACUUGCCGAUUCGCAAUAUCAGCGAGUGUUCAGGUGACACUUGGAAAUCCAUUGCUUGCUCCUUGCAGGUAAAACCAUGUACCCGUAGUUACCAUACAAAUCGAAUCUGCAAAGAAGACUGCUACGAAGUGUUGGGGAGAUGUAUCGAUUGGAACCGAAUAACAACGAAGCAUUCGGUGGUAUCGUUGUGUCAAAUAUUCUCCCCGGAAGAUAGUAGUGAUCACGAGUGUAUAUCUUUAAAGCAUUACCAAGAGCCCAGUGAUGUUCCCCAUAGGAACACGGAUGUAGCGUUGGUAUCACCCUGUAAAGGAAAUCCGUGCAACUCUACUCAAGUUUGUGUUAUCAAAAGAGAUGGUACUUAUGGUUAUGAAUGCUUGAAUGGCUGUCCUAUGGGCGAAGCUUCGUCCUAUUUGGUACCAGCAGGAACUUUCGUCCGUAUUCCAGUAUCCGCUACUGUGAAUGGCUGUCUCAAAGUAUGCCGCUGUGGAACUUCGGGAAGAAUCGAAAAAUGUCAACCUCUCCCGUGCAUCAGCUACGAUUCCUGUAGUCUAGCCGGGAAACGAUUUCAACAUCUAUCGUUUUUCUACGUAGAAUGUAAUAUAUGCAGUUGCUUUGCAGGGGAGAUAACUUGUACUAAGAAGCAGUGUCGAGUGCCGGGAGUAACGUUCAAUAAAUCCUUCACCAGCUUACCGUGCAACUGUCCUCCACAUUAUGUGCCCGUGUGCGGUCGCAACGGAAACACCUAUCCUUCGGCUUGUAUUGCAAAGUGCUCUGGAAUACAGGAUGGCGACAUCAGUUUCGGACCGUGCCGUGCGAGAGAUCCCUGCGAGGGAGUGAACUGUGGACCACUGUCGGUGUGCAUACCGGACAGAAAUGUUUGUCUGUCCAGCAUGCAUAAGCCGUGCCCCCAGCAUCGAUGUGUCAGCUUAGCCUCAACGAACUGUUCCGUUCUCACGUCGAUCCGCGACACCAAGCUGAAUUUCUACCCGACGAUUUGUGAUCUUGCCAAAUCGGGUGGAGUUUUUGCCUAUCAGGAGAAAUACCUCAAGUACUGCGAAACGUCCCGAAAAACGGCGCAGGUUUGCGGUGUAAACGGAAUUACCUACCGCAGCGAGUGUGAAGCGUGGAGCGACUUCUCCACGGUAGACUAUAACGGGCCCUGCCAGGAGGUUGGUGUUAUUGAUUCCCAGUUGGAGGCGAAGUGCUCAUCGAUCAAAUGUCCCAAAAGGAAGUGGCUCGAGUGUAAUCUGGUGAUACCACCCGGAGCCUGUUGUCCCAUUUGUGGAACCGCUUUGAGGAUCGUUUAUUCCCGAAAGCAGGUCGAUCGUGCGUUGUAUGCGUUGAAAGGAAAGGAUACGGAAAACUUAACGCUAAAGGGUUUGCUGCAAUCGCUCGAACGGCUGCUGCAAACCGUGGAAUGCCGGCUAAGUGGUCAGUUAACUUUCGAAAAUGAUAUUUUUGUGAUGGUUGAGAACAUCAGCUACCGUCCAAAUCAGUUGCAGGAGGAAAUUUGCAUUCGAGAAGCUGAAAAGCUAGUUACGUUGAUUCGUACCCAAAGUCAUAGGAUUACCAGCGAGCUAAAUUUAAGUGCACUUACCGUUGCCACCCUCGUUCGAUUGAAUAUCGAUAGUGGAGCAAAUAGAAUUAAUUGUUAUUCUGUAUCCAUUAUAAUUUUUGCACUAUUAGCUUUAUUUUCGUAUGUUUUCAAACGGUAGUAUCAAAUGACAAUACCAAACAUUUGCUGAGGAUAAAGUCUGUGAUAAAAAAUAAACUAAUCAACCAAAGCAUA